ACCAGGGGUUUUCAACCGGUGGUCCGCGGACCCCUGGUGGUCCGCGGCGGCAUUGCAUGUGGUCCGUGACAAGAGCCUAUGUUGAUCAGUUCACCAUUGUUUUUUUUUAAUAUAAAUUCGCUUUGAUAUUUCAACACAUUUCCAGAAUACCGUUACAUAUCGUGAAAAAUAUGUUUAAAAUAAUAUAAAGGAAAUUCAAGCUGACAGAAUGUAGCCUUGCGCCUAUCCAGUCUAUGGUAGCCUGUGAUUCGCUAAUGGUAAUGAGUUGCGUCGCUAACCUCACUUAUUAUUCAUUACGUACAGUCUUGCGAGCAAAGUUGACACACAUUUAUAAGCAUAGCCGACGAGAGUAUUUUAAGAUAGGUUGUAGUACAGCAAACAUUUGUUACAUAUGUACUAGUCUAGCUAUAUAUCUAGCACCAAUGGAUCGUUUUGUAGUGAGGAAAGUGCCAGAGGGACAGGCUGCCAUGACAGAGGGUCAGGCUGCCACGACAGAGGGACAGGCCGCCACGAUAGGGCAAGGACAGGCUUCCGAAGCGUCAACUUCGCAAAAAAGACGAAAAAGAAAAUACAAUGAGGAAUAUGUUAAAUAUGGAUUCACAGUGACGACAGACAGAGCAGGAGAGGAGGUACCACUGUGUUUCGUAUGUUCAACAAUUCUCUGUAAUGAAGCUAUGAAGCCGUCGAAACUUACGCGGCAUAUGGAGACGCAUCACGUCCACUUGAAGGCCAAACCCGUUGAGUACAUGCAACAGAUGUUGCGUGAUUUCAAAGGACAGCAGGCUACCAUGAGGAAGAGUGCAAAAAUAAAUGAAAACGCACUGAAAGCAUCGUAUCUGGUCGCUCUCAGGGUUGCAAAAAGUAAGAAGCCCCAUACCAUUGCAGAGCAGCUUAUAUUGCCAGCAGCCAUAGAUAUGUGCAGAGCUAUGGUAAGCGAAGAAUGUGCCAACAAAUUAAAAACUAUUCCGUUGUCAGACAACACAAUCGGAAGACGAAUUGGGGAAAUGGCAAAUGAUGUCAAAGACCAGCUGAUGGCAAAACUUCAGACAGUUCUGUUUUCCCUUCAAAUCGACGAGACGACAGAUGUUACUAAUGAUGCGCAACUGUUAACAUUUGUGCGAUACGAGGACAGUGGCACUAUGUGCGAGGAAUUUCUUUUUUGCAAACCACUGCCCGGGCGAACUACCGGUGUAGAAAUAUUUAAAGCACUGGACGAUUUUUUCACGGAGCACAAUAUCUCGUGGCAGAGGUGCGUUGCAUUAUGCAGCGAUGGGGCCCGAGCCAUGAGUGGCAGCAAGACUGGACUGUUUGCGCAUGUAAGGAGGGUGGCUCCGGGGGUAAUUUGGACACACUGCCUGAUUCAUAGAGAGGCUCUCGCCUCCAAAGAUCUCAGUGUUGAGCUCAGUGGUGUGUUUGAUGUCGUUGUCAAGACGGUCAACUUCAUAAAACGAAACGCAUUGAAUACACGCCUGUUUUCAUCCCUAUGCCAUGACUUGGGAAGUGAACACAGCUCUCUCCUUUAUCAUUCAGAGGUGCGUUGGCUGUCUCGCGGCGCUGUGCUCGCCCGUGUGUUUGAACUACGCGGAGCUAUCUACGAGUUCUUGUGCGAGAAGCAUUCUGAUCUGGCUUCCAAUUUCAACGAUAGUUACUGGUUAACUAAGCUGGCGUACCUCACAGAUGUUUUUGCAGAGCUGAACAAGUUGAACAGCUCCAUGCAAGGGAGAGAUGCAAACGUCAUGCAGCUCUACGAGAAGCUCGACGCAUUUGUGAAAAAAAUGUCAAAGUGGAUCGAACGAGUGGAGAGCAAUAACUUGGCGAUGUUUCCUUCAGUUGAGGAAUACCCUGACAGCACUGACAUCAACGACACUAUAUGUGAGCAUUUGAGGAAGCUUAUGCGUCAAUUCGCAAAGUACUUCACUGAUUCGGAAGAGUGGCGCCGUGACAGCAAGUGGAUCCUGCUCCCAUUCAGUGACGAUGCAUCAGUAGGGUCAAGUCUGACGGCUGUGGAAGAGGAUAAGCUGAUUGAGAUGUCCACAGACUCUGUCAGGAGGCAUAUGUACGACACACAGCCCCUUGUUAAAUUCUGGAUAAGUUGCCAGACAGAAUUUCCACAGCUUGCUGCAAAAGCAAUGAGGUGUCUUUUGCCCUUUCCAACCACAUACCUGUGUGAGAGUGGUUUUUCUACACUGGCGUACUUAAAGAAUAAGUACAGGGCUAGGCUUGAUCCAGAGAAUGACAUGAGACUGUCUCUGUCUACCAUUUCGCCACGAAUAGACAGGCUGUGUGGACUUCACCACGCCCAGAUAUCACACUGACAGCAGGUGAUUGGUGACAGGUCUGUCCUGGCUGGGUUAUAAAAGCCCUGACCAGCCAGCAGUUGAGGCUGCCUUGGUCUUCAUUUGUUGGAUUUUGGUUCUCCGGUGUUGUUGGAUUUUUGUUCUCCGUUGUUGUUUUGUCACACACCUAGACUGACUUUGCAUGACAUUUUUAGUUACUUUUCCCAAUACUGAAUUG